AUGCGGGUGCCAGUACGUCUGCUUGUAUCAGCUGUUACGGUGGCAGCACUGGUGCCGGUAUUCCUCUUGUUCUCCGGGAGCUGGCGUUCAAAACCUCACAGAGAUUCAGCGUUCUCUAACGCUCUUCAUAUGGGCAGCCAUGUUCUCACAACACCAUCAGAGCACUCUAGCACCGCCAAGCCUCACUCCCAUCCCCGAGUCAGCCCUGAGCAAUGGAGAAACCACAUUCAGACAAGUUGCCGGAAGUUUGGUUUCAUCGCAGAAAAAGACACGUUUGAUCCUAGUAUACUCAAGAACUCUAAGAUUCUGGUGGAUGACAACAACAAGCUGCUCUACUGUCAGAUCCCUAAAGUCGCAUCUACAACAUGGCGCCGUAUCUUCAUUGUUCUAUCCGGCAAGGCUGACACAAGCGACCCAAUGUCCUUGUCUGCAAAUGACGUCCAUCACAAAUUCGACAAGCACUUGACGCACCUCCGUAAAUACCAGAACGAUGAAAUUCUAUAUCGUCUAAACAAUUAUUUCAAGUUUGUCUUUGUCAGAGAACCAUUUGAGCGCAUUCUUUCAGCCUUUAAAAACAAAUUUGCAGCAAAUACAAACUCAUCAAUUUACUUCAGAAAAGUGUUCGGUGAGAAAAUCAUCGACAGAUACCGCCAAAAUCCACUGGCAAACCCUGGCAGGAAUUUGACAUUUGAGGAGUUUAUCAAUUACUUAACAGACCCCCAGAAACAGAUUCCUAUGAAUGAACACUGGGAGAAAUAUUAUAAACUCUGUCAUCCAUGUUGGAUACAAUAUGAUUUCAUCGGAAAAUUAGAAACACUUGAAGAAGAUUCACAGUAUAUUUUAGAGAAGAAUUCCCUUUCCGAGAAAGUAAAAGUGCCUAGUCGGUUGGACUCUAAGUACACUUAUAAGAAAACGAACUCAUACAUGCAUGAAUAUUAUUCACAGAUUCCUAAAGAAACACUGCAAAAGAUCUUCAAGAUGUAUUACGCCGAUUUCGUUAUAUUUAAUUUUACGGUUCCCGAUUCAAUAAAACUGAUGAUGGAUGGGCACUGA